GGAAAUGACAAAGAAGAAGACGAAGAAGAAGACGAAGCAAAGAUGGCUGAUAAAGGCAGCGCCGAGGCUACCAAAGUUGAUGAAAACGUUGCUGCUGGAGGCUCCACGAUAGUCGUUACUGUCAAAGCCCCGGGAGGAAAAGAGGAAAUUAAUAUUUCGGAAGAUUCUUCCGUCGCUGAGUUCAAACAGGAAAUAUCCAAAAAGUUCAAUGCAAAUCAGGAGCAGCUGGUGUUGAUAUUUGCUGGGAAGGUUCUGAAGGACGGGGACUCUUUAAAACAGCAUGGCAUCAAAGACGGGCUCACCGUCCAUCUUGUCAUCAAGGCCGCCCCAAAAUCAACGGCUGCCGCCGCACCUCAGCCUAGCUCCAGUUCUCAAACAUCUCAAGAGACCCCCAGACGGUCCAGCCCCACUGUAGCAGACAGCACAAGUCAGACACCGACACAACCUGCAAGUGCAGCAGGGGGGCUCGGUGACCUGUCCAGCUUGCUGGGUCUGGGCAGCGGUUCGUCCAGCUUCCUGGAGAUGCAGCAGCAGGUGCAGAGGCAGCUGAUGUCCAACCCGCAGAUGAUGUCUCAGGUCAUGGGGAGCCCGCUCGUCCAGAACAUGAUGUCCAACCCGGAGCUGAUGAGGCAGAUGAUGGGGGGGAGCCCUCAGAUGCAGCAGCUGCUGGAACGAAACCCAGAAGCUGCCAGCAUGCUGAACAACCCUGAGCUCAUGAGACAGAUGCAGAAUCCUGAAACUCUGUCAACACUGACCAACCCCAGAGUCAUGCAGGCCCUGGUGCAGAUCCAGCAAGGUCUGCAGGUCUUACAGACAGAAGCCCCAGGAUUCAUGACCAGGAUGUCUCCCGGAGGUCUCACAGUCCCUCCAGUCCCUCCCGUCUCAGGGGGCAUCGUCCCUCCAGUGACCCCUCCCGCUCCCUCUACUGCGUCCGGAUCAAGUGCUUCGCAGCAGCAGCUCAUGCAGCAGAUGCUACAGAUGUUUUCAGGCAGAGGCUCAUCACUCCAGACACCGGAGGUUCGAUUCCAGCAGCAGCUCGAUCAGCUGAACGCCAUGGGCUUCAUCAACCGCGAGGCCAACCUGCAGGCGCUGAUCGCCACGGGAGGGGAUGUGAACGCUGCCAUCGAGAGGCUGCUGGCCUGACUCUCUGUUAAACCCUGGGUCUCAGGACGGAACAACGAUAAAAACAAAAUAGCCUAGUCCUCUAUUCACACGGGAGUCUGACCAGACCUCAGGUCUUCAGUCACUUCUGCCGGUCUAGAGGGAGUCUCCGACACAUUUAGGUCCGACCAUCAUUACCACCGUGUUCCUCCGACUAGAAGCCGCCACAUGACGGCUUCUUGAUAUCACCGACGUUUAAUCGUAACUUAACAGAAUUUAAUUUGGAUGGUGUUCAGGUGGUUCUCUGCUAACUUUAGAGCCGGGGAGUUCUCACGGUUGAGGCGUGAGCCAGAUUACGCAAUAACACCAUGAAAAUAGAACGACCAGACAGAAACUGGGCCGUGGGCUCAGAGAUGGUAGAGCACAGACGGGUUAUUUCUUUUCUUAUUCUUUUCUCAAUUCAGCCUUUAUCAUUCCCAUUCUUCUUCGCAGUAUCACAGAGGUUGAGGCAGAAGGGAAGAUGAUGAUUGGAUGAUUGGUUUGAGAUCAGCAUGUAACAGGAAGAGUUUGAGUCUGUAUUAUCUGACAAAAUUCAAAAACUGUAGUCUGAAGCUGACAUUAACCCCUCACUGGUUCUCAUUUCUGUCUCCAUUUAAGAACUCAAACAACAUGUUCCGCUUCAUAUUUCCAUCCUGUCGCUGUUCUUUCUCAGUACUUUGUCUUGUUUGUGGGUUUGUGCCUUUUAUGGUUCUAGUAGGAGGAGUAAGUGCAACUUUUUUCUUUGUUUGUUUUUUUUCUUGAGGCUGGGACCAAAGCCGCGACAUUCUCGAUUCUUCAAUAGUGCAAUACAAAAAGUGGAAGAGGACAACCGGAGAACUAUUUACCUGGGGAGGUGUCCCUUUAAAUUCUCUGGUUUUAUCACAGCAUUGAUAGACUGUGUACACACCGGAUUUUCUUUAUCUGUUAAUAUAACCGUUACAAAAUGAUCUGUGAAAUCUAUUGUAUGUAUGUCUGCCUAUUGGGGAAUAUAUAAAGUUUUUAAUCUAAUAAAUUAUUUGCAUGUACGGCAAAAAAAUAAAUAAAUAAAACGUACUCUUGACGGUGGAGUUUAAACUUUAAUUAAAAAAAUUCAAUUUGGCCUUAGUUGCUGCUUCUGGUGACGUUUGAAAAGUCCAACUUGUAUAAUAAUGCACCUAUGAAAACUAAAUAAAAGUUUAUUUAAUUUC